AUGUUUUCGCGCAAUCGAUCAGAGAAACGAAUUGGGAUUAUUCGAAGCGGUAAAGGUAAUAAACAACAAAGACAAAUUGUGCAGCAGAAUCAUCAUCGUCAAGAACUUUCUAGCAACCCUUUAAUCGAAGGAUCCAACACCGGUAUCCCUUUACCUUUGUUCCCUAACAAGUUAAAAGGUACCAGUUGUCAGGUUAGUACUUCAACUGCUUCACUGUCUAAUCGUUUACCUCCCCCACCACCACCUCCGCGUUCUCCCACUACUACCUUUGAUUUUCUUCCUUCAAAUUAUCAACGAACCACUCAGAAGAACGUUUCUUUUGAACGACGAUCUCCUACUGAACUUUUGCAAAUUAGACUUGAAACCGUCUCGAAACCAAAUUGGGCCCAGGCAAGCCUAUCAACUUUUUUAACACUAAUUAUUGCACCUGAUCUUAGAACAAAGCACACAUCUUGA